AUGACUCAUCACAACAGCUGCUACAAUCCAAAAAGCCUUACCUUCCUCUAUAAAGAUAUCCACUCAUUUUUCAGCUGCACAAACACAAAUGAGAUUCCAGCUGCUCCAACAGCAGCUCUCCCAGUAUCUCCUCAGGUGAGUCGGGGUCCUCACAGACCUGAACACAUCCGAGCUCAGACGCGGCCGAAAUCCCAGCCAGGGAAGCGGAGCAGCGAGCCGUAUACCUUUGAAAAUGAGCACAGCAGUUUCACAGACUCCCACUCAGAGCGGAGGCUGGAGGAGGCUGGGGGAGGCUGGAGAAGGCUGGAGGAGGAUGGGGGAGGGACAAACACCACCAUCCAGUCUUUUAUGAUCAAAGAGAACCAGCAGGUGAUUGACAGAAAAUACUGCCUGAGAGACGAAUGUGGACCAGGUAGAUUCGCCUACAGAGUUCCCAUCAGCCCGUUUGUUCCAGUCAACAUGAGAGUCACUUUAAUCAUGAACUCCACCGAGCUGCUGGUGGUUCACCUGUGUAGUUUUGAUGAGUCAGCGUCCUGCUCUGCUCUGCUGGAUAUAAACACUGUCACUGGAACCAGCUACCCUUCAAACACACAGGGCGAACACGAAUGGCCUCUUCACGUGUCUCGUCUUUAUCACAGCUCGUACCACUUUCGUUCCACAGUGGCUGGUCAAGCAGACUGCAGUACUGACCAUCACUUCGCGGGGGCGCUCUUCACUGACUACCACUUCCACUUCUACAGACGCUGCACAGACUCGUAGACACUUAUUAUAUUAAAAAAACGACAAUCAGAGAAAUAGACGCAGACUUCUGCUUUUAUGUAUUUUUUUUAAAGCUGCGAAUGCAUUUUUAUUGUGAUAUGAGUCACAUUUGCUGAUAGAUUUUACUGCGUAAUCUUAUAAAUGUUUUCCAGUGGAAGUUCAGUCAGAUCAGAUACACAAUAUUUAAUUUCUUUUUACUGUCUUUUAUUCGCUUUGUGAGAAAGUGAGCCGACAAUUUAACAUCCAGCCCUUAAUAUUAUUCAUUUUCAGUAGUCAGACAUGUAAUUUACUUUAAUAUUGAUGUACAGAAAUCUUUUAAAGCAGUUUAGUUGUUUCUUUGCUGCUUAAAGCACCGAUUAUCAAAAGGUAUGGAAGUUCAUUUCUGCCAAUAUGACGAGAAAAAGGAUUCUGUAAGU